CUGUUCGUUCGUGCCUUCGGUUGCGAGAGGGUGGAUGGUUGGUUGGUUGGUUGCUUUGUGGAAAUAUGUUUGCUGGUAGUGGUGUGGUGCUGACGAUGGUGGUAGAUGAGUUGGUUGCUGCCUUUUACAGUUAAUUAACUAGGCCCUCGUGUGCUAAGGAAUUUCAAUCAGUUGUUUAGAUGUGCUGACAAAUUGCGCACACACACGCACGCGUUGCCAUUCAAUAAACAAACGGCACUUCCUUCCUUUUCCUCGCCUUCCGCAGUUCUGUGCUACACUUCAUUUAAAUUCGAUUCCUAUUACUCUGCACUCUUGUCUCUUCGCCUGAGUUGACAAUUAGACCAUCAAGUCCGCCGCCAAGUCAUUCAAAUCGGGGUAUAGCCGCGCGCAAGUGCAAAAUAAUAAAACAAUUUCGCUUUUCAUGCCAAAAGUGGCCCCGGUCGUUGGUCCUCUUAAAGUGUUUUCUCCUCAAGUGUUUGGUGCUUAUACUUAUUAGUUUUAUUAUACUUAUGCCACGAACAAAAGAAAAAGAAUAUUUGAAAAAAUAAAUACUGCAAAAAAGAAACACACAAUAAGAAUAAAGACGCGAUUAAGUGUUUGUGAUAAAUAUUUAUAACAAAACAAAAGACAACAACAACAAAAAUAAAAACAAUUUGCAAUCAAAAAUUAUGUUACAACAUCAACAACAGUCAUCACAAGUAGCUCAAGGUUACUACGAUUACAAUCAACCAAGUCCCGGGAGUAUAACCAAUCCCGAUUCGCUGAAUAAUACUCCAUUCUCAGUUAAGGAUAUAUUGAAUAUGGUCAAUCAAAACGAGGACUACGAAUCAUAUGGUACAAUGGAGAGCCCCUUACAGGCCAAUUCUGGAUAUUCAAACGACUACGAUACCCGCGGCUACGAUCCUUCCCACACUCUGUCACCCAUGGUGCCACAUGGUCAUCACUUACCGCCCACGGCUGGCGGUCCCUCACCGGCCCAGUUCUACUCCAGCUAUCAGGACUACAACACAACGCCCCUAAUCACACAUGCUACACAUGCCGCCACAACGACACAUCCUCACCAGGGCUAUCAAGGCUAUAACACUGCUGCCGUGGCAGCGGCGGCCGCUGCUGCUCAUCCCUACUAUGUUCCGCCCACAGCUACAUAUCAGCCACCGGGAUAUGCCGUGCAAACAACCCAAUCCCUGUAUCAUCAAUACAAUGGCUAUGGCACGGAUGCCUAUCAAUCGCAUGUUGCAGUGCAAAAUGGAACGACGGCAGCAACAACGAUUCCCUCACAUCACAUGUCUCACAUCGAUCUGACGCAGUCAAGUGUCAAAAGCGAAUAUGUCCCCACGCCAUAUGUGACACCUUCACCUACACUGGAUUUGAAUAGUUCAACGGAGGUGGAUUUGAAUACCCCCUCGUCGGGCCAAAAGAAAUCGCCGAUUAGUAACAAUCCACCGCCAGCCACGCUCCAGAGUCUUAUGGAAACGGCAAAUAACUCGAAUUCUUUGAGAAAUAUUUCAACGGGUCUACCAGCGGGACCAUUGUAUGAGCAGGCGUCAUUGGUGGCGAGAUCGGUGGAUUUGAAUAAAAGAAAUAUAUCACAAGUGACAUCCUCCAAAUCUGAACUACGUAAAAACGGUAAACCACGCUCCAAACGCAAGCCACGUGUACUGUUUUCGCAGGCCCAGGUUUUGGAGUUGGAAUGCAGAUUCCGUAUGAAGAAAUACCUCACUGGCGCCGAACGUGAAGCAAUUGCCCAAAAAUUAAAUCUCUCCCCGACCCAGGUGAAAAUUUGGUUUCAAAAUCGUCGUUACAAAUCGAAACGUGGUGAAAUUGAAGAACCGGCCUCUCUCAAGCACAAGGCUGCUGAAUUGCCGCCGCAAAAUGUUUCCAUGUGGGGUCAUGCCAAUCAUUUGAUGCAUCAAACGGCGACGGCGCAUUACAUGCACAGCCAUCCGCAUGCGCAGCAUACAAUGUAAAACAUUAAGCAAUAAUUAUUACAAAUUUAUUAUUAUUUUUUCGUUUUUUUUUUUAAUUAUACAAAAAUUUUAAAUUAUUUAUUAUAGAAAACAAUGUUUAAGAUUAACACAAAAAAGAGGAAGAAGAAGAAAACAAUUUAGUCAUUUUUUUGUUUUAUUAAUAGAUUAAGUAAAAAAAAAAAAAGAAAAUAAACAAAAAAACAAACAUUCGCCACUACCUAACACUACAAUACUCGUAGUCGAUCGAUUGUACCUCUCAUGAAUUUAAAACAAAAAGUAUAGCAACUAAUACAUAUUUUUAUAGUAUUUACUUUAGUUUAUGUAACAACAAUGUAAUAAAAUUAAUAUUUGAUAAACUACAACAACAACAAAAACAAUGUGUAUUAUGUAAGCCAACAAAGUGUGCCUAAAUAAAAUAACUAACAUUAAGCAACUACAAAUGUAAGCUAGUUUCGUCGUUCCAACGAUCGAUUAAACAAAAAUACUAAAAUGUAAUUUUUCCCAUUGUUAUUGUAAAUAUUAACAAAGCUCCGCCAACCCAUUACAUUACAACACACAUACACGUGUAGGGAUGUACGUAGACAUAGUUAUAGCUAGAAAUACACAUAUUUUCUCACAGAUGCUGAAGCAAAAAACAAAUGAAAAAUAUAGUCAUUAAAUAAAUAAUACAAAAAAGAAUAAAAAUAAAAUUUGAUAAGAGAAAAAAAGAGAAGAAAAAAAUCU